CUUUAAAUCCAGCUGCCAGACCCCUGAAUGGGAGAGGCGGAGAGGACUGGCCACCAUGCACAGCUUCUGCAGCCUCCUGGCCCUUCUGCUGCCGCUGCUGCUACUACUGGGGGCCACCACGGGCCCCGCUGGAGCCCUCAGUGAGGAUGAAAAACACGUGAUGGUGGAGCUGCACAACAUCUACCGAGGCCAGGUGUCCCCACCGGCUGCCAACAUGCUACAAAUGAGGUGGGACGAGGAGCUGGCCGCCUUCGCCAAGGCCUACGCGCAGCAGUGCGUGUGGGGCCACAACAAGGAGCGCGGGCGGCGCGGCGAGAACCUGUUCGCCAUCACGGGCGAGGAGGACCUGGACGUGCCGCUGGCCAUGGAGGAGUGGCAUCACGAGCGCGAGCACUACAACCUCAGCGCCGCCACCUGCGCCGCCGGCCAGAUGUGCGGCCACUACACGCAGGUGGUCUGGGCCAAGACAGAGAGGAUUGGCUGUGGCGCCCACUUCUGUGAGAAGCUCCAGGGCGUUGAGGAGACCAAUAUCUACUUGCUGGUUUGCAACUAUGAGCCCCCGGGGAAUGUGAAGGGGCAGAGGCCCUACCAGGAGGGGACUCCGUGCUCCCAAUGUCCCUUGGGCUACCGCUGUGAAAACUCCUUGUGUGAACCCAUCAGAGGCCCAGAAGAGGGUCAGGAUUUGCCUUACCUGGUAACUGAGGACCCAUCUUCCCUGGCAACAGAAGCCUCAGGCUCUAGGAUAGAGGGUAUCACUUCUUCCUUAGCAACGGAACCUCCGUCCUUAUUGGUAACAGAGGUCUUAGGCUCCCUGGCAACAAAGGCUCUACCUGCUGUAGAAACCAAGGCCCCAUCUUCCUUAUUAAUAGAAGACUCCUCUUCCAUGGCAACAGAGGCUCCACCUUCCUUAGCAACUGAGGUCCCUUCCUUUUUGGCAACUCAUGGCCCGCUCUCCUUCGAUGAAAGGCCAGCUACCUUCCCCAAAUCGACCCAUGAUCCUACCCCCAAAUCGGCAGACAAAGAGGCCAGCAACACAAGAAUGCCCUCCAGGAGCCCAGAGAGUACUCUGCACCCUGAGAUGUCCUUGACGGGGACAUGGGAGCUGCUACCCCGCUCCCAGAAGGAGGGUGAGGCUGAGGCCGAGUUGCCUCAUUCCCGUGAGAUCUUGGCCUCAGUUUUUCCAGCCCAGGACAAGCCAGGUGAGCCGCAGGCCACACUGGAGCACAAGGGGCACACCUCCUCCAAGUCCCUGUCCAACUCCCCCAAUGCCUCUGCCACCGCUAACGCCAUGGGUGGGCGUACCCUGGCCCUGCAGUCCUCCUUGCCAGGUGCAGAGGGCCCUGAAAAGCACGGCAUCAAGUCAGGGUUGAACUCAAGCCCUGGGCACAUCUGGGGCCUCCUCCUGGGACUGCUGCUACUGCCUCCCCUGGUGCUGGCUGGAAUCUUCUGAAGGGGUCACCACUCAAAGGAACUGCCAGACUACUUUCCAAAGUGGCUGCACCAUUUUACAUUCCCACCAGCACCGUACAAGGGUUUCAGUUUCUCGCCAUUACCAACACUUGUUAUUGUCUGUCUUUUUUGAUUAGAGCCCUUCUGGUGAGUGUGAAGUAGCAUCCUGCUGUGGUUCUGACUUUCAUUUCCCUGAUGGCUAAUGAUGUUGAGCAUCCUUCCCUGUGCUUAGUGGCCAUCUGUGUAUCUUCUCUGGAGAAAUAUCUACUCAAGUCUUGCCCAUUUUUUAACUGGGUAUUUGUCUUUUUAUUAUUGAGCUGUAGGAAUUCUUUACAUAUUCUAGGUACAGCUCCCUUAUCAGAUAUAUGAUUUGCACACAUUUUCUCUCAUUCUGUGGGUUGUCUUUUCAAUUUUUCUUGAUGAUUUCCUUCAAACACAAAAAAAUGUUAACUUUGAUGACUCCCAACUUACUAUUAUUUUUGCUGUUGUUGCUUGUGCUUUUGGUGUUAUAUCUAAGAAACCAUUGCCUAAUCCGAGGUCAAGAAGAUUUAUGCCUAUGUUUUAAGAGUUUUAUAGUUAAUUGUGUGAAUUAAAGUGUGAAUGUUUAUUUCUGGACUUUCACAUUCCAUUGAUUUAUGUAUCUAUCUUUAUGCUAAUACCACACCAUCCUGAUUACUGUAGCAUUGUAGUAAGUUUUGAAACUGGGAAGUGCAAGUCCUCCAACUUUUUUUUUUCAAGAUUGUUUAGGCUAUUCUAGGUCCCUUGAAUUUCCAUUUAAUUUUAGGAUCAGCUUGCCAAAUUUCUGCAGAGAAGUCAGCUGAGAUUUUGAUAGGGAUUCUGUAAUCCACCACUUUAGCUACGUUAAGGCUGCCGACCCAUGAACGUGGGGUAUCUUUCCACUUAUUUAGGUCUUCUUUACUUUCUUUCAACAAUGUAUUAUAGUUUUCAAAAUAUAAGUUUUGUAAUUCUUUUGUUAAAUUUGUUCAUAAGUAUUUUACUAAUUUUUAUGCUAUUGUAGAUGAAAUUGUUUCAUUAAUUUCAUUUUUAGUUUGCUUGAUUGCAAGUGUAUAGAAAUACAACUGAUUUUUGUACAUCAAUUUUAUAUCCCACAACCUUGUUGAAUUCAUUUAUUAGUCAUAACAGUAUUUUUAGUGGAUUCCUUAGGCUUUUGAAUACAAGAUCAUGUCAUCUGCAGAGACAGUUUUACUUCUGUCUUUCUAACCCAGAUGACAUUUCAUUUUCUUGCCUAAUUGCCCUGGCUAGAGCCUCCAGUGCAGUGUUGAGUAACAGCAAGAGCAGAGCCUUGUCUUGUUCCUGAUCUCGGGGAGCGGGGUGGGGAAUGGUGUUUCACCAUUUGGUAUAAUAUUAUGGGCUUUUUAUAGAUGCCAUUUAUUCAGGUGGAGGGAACGCUCUUCACUUUUUAGGUUUUUGAAUGUUUUCAUCAUAAAGGGAUGUUGAAUUUUAUUAAACACUUUUCC